CAUGCCGUGUCACCCACCACACGCACACAGUUAGCUCUAGCUUUGCUUGAUUUGCAGCAGCAGCAGCAGCAGCAGCAGCUAGCUUGCAUCCAUGGGCGUCUUCGCCGUCACCAAGGUGUCCGAGGGCCCCGUCCGGCCGUCCGCAGCGACGCCGUCGGAGACGCUGCCGCUCGCCUGGGUCGACCGCUACCCGACGCACCGCGGCCUCGUCGAGUCCGUGCACAUCUACCUCCGCCGCGACGACGCCGCCGUCGAGGCGCCGUGCGCCGACGGCGGCGUCAUCGUCGAGGGAAAGAAGAAGAAUAAUAAGCCGGCGGCGGCGGUGGUGCGCGGCGCGCUGGCGGACGCGCUGGUGCACUACUACCCGUUCGCGGGGCGGAUCGUGGAGGACGAGCGGUCGCCGGGGCGGCCUGCCGUGCUGUGCUCCGGCGAGGGCGUCUACUUCGUGGAGGCCGCCGCCAACUGCACCCUCGCCGACGUCAACCACCUGGAGCGGCCGCUGCUGCUGUCCAAGGAGGACCUCGUGCCGUGCCCGACGCCGGAGCAGUGGCCCGUCGAGCCGCACAACAGCCUCGCCAUGAUCCAGGUGACGACGUUCACCUGCGGCGGCUUCGUGAUCGGGCUGCGCACCAACCACGCGGUGGCGGACGGCACCGGCGCCGCCCAGUUCAUGAACGCCGUCGGCGACCUCGCCCGCGGCCUCCCGGAGCCGCGGGUGAAGCCGAUCUGGGCGCGCGACCGCUUCCCGGACCCGGACAUCAAGCCCGGCCCGCUGCCGGAGCUCCCCGUGCUGCCGCUCCAGUACAUCGCCUUCGACUUCCCCGCCGCCUACCUCGGCAAGCUCAAGGCGCAGUACGCCGCCACCGCCGGCGCCAGCAAGAUCUGCUCCGCCUUCGACAUCGUCAUCGCCAAGCUCUGGCAGUGCCGGACGCGCGCCAUCGCCGCCGACCCCGCCGCGGCCGUCAAGCUCUGCUUCUUCGCCAGCGCCCGCCAGGUGCUCGGCCUGGAGACCGGCUACUGGGGCAACGCCAUCUUCCCGGUGAAGGUGUCCGCGGCGGCGGGGGAGGUGGCGGCGUCGUCGGUGAUCGAGCUCGUCGGCGUGGUCCGGGAGGCGAAGCGGCGGAUGGCCGGCGAGUGCCUGCGCUGGGCGGAGGGGCGCACCGGCGGCGCCGACCCGUUCCAGAUGACGUUCGACUACGAGUCCGUGUACGUGUCGGACUGGAGCAAGCUCGGGUUCAACGACGUCGACUACGGGUACGGCGCGCCGUCGGCGGCGGGGCCGCUGGUGAACUGCGACCUCAUCUCGUCGGUGAUCGUCAUGCGGGCGCCGGCGCCGCUCGCCGGCACGCGGCUGCUGGCGAGCUGCGUCACCAAGGAGCACGCCGACGACUUCGCCGCCAGGAUGAGGGAGGAUCUCGUCUAAUAUACCAUGGCCGCCCCCAAUAACAUUAUUAGUCACGUACAAUAUUGUCACUGAAUAUUAAUUUGUUCGUGUAUAUCUAUUGUGGUAUGUAUUUUUUUUUUCAUAGGAAAAAAGUAGUAGUACGACAAUAGGUAGCUGGGAGCUACCUAAUAUCGACCUCUGGUUUGAGAGUAAGUGAGCGAGCGAGAGAUGUAAACCACCUCAGUUUUUACCGUGCUUUGUGACAUGCGUGGUACAGUACUGGUACUAUUAAUCAUUGGCCGUGAAAAAUUAUCUACCCAUAUGCCACUGUAUUUA